CUGCUGCUUACAUGUGAGCUGCAGUGCUCCUUCCCCCUCCUCCUCCCACCUCCACACAGCAGACCUCCCCCCUCUUUUGUGAGGUCUGCAGAUAAGAGACAGAAGGGAUAGGGCUGGCAGGCGAUCAGUACUCUCUCACUGCACCACAAGGAGGUAAAAAUAGAGGAGGAAAAGAUAUUAGGACACUGCAGGCAAAGAGGAAGAGAUUACAUACUGCAUACGGACGUCAGGAGAGCAGCCGUCUGGGCACAGGGUGUAUGUACGGGCUGCUCUGCAUAGAAAGAACCGGCCACCUCAGAGAGAGGAGAGAGAGAGAGAUGAUCUGCUGCUGAUGGUUAUGAAGAGGAAAACAUUUCCCGAUUUGUAGCAAGCUGCAUCGUUACUACACAGAAAGGGGAUUAUUAUCAGCAGAGCAAUGCAAGCCAGCAGCCUUCUCAGGCUCACCCACUUUCUCCAGCGUUCAUGAAUCGGCCACUCAGAAUUAUUAUUACUACUACGCUGCUUUCCUUGUGUGUACUGACUGAGAUUGCCAUUCAUCAAAUUGAAGGAGAAGGAAUUAAGUAUCCCCUCUGAUGUGGCUGCUACUGCUGCUUCCCAAGCUGUGAUCUAACUUGUAGGAGGACUUGGCUGUAUUAGUGACUGCACUGAGGGCAAUCACAAGUCGUGUGCUCUGCGCACAUCACCAGCCUCCUGCAAUAGUGUAAGGGAAGCAGAUUGUAGCUAGAGGAGAGAGACCUGGGAAAAUGGCCACUCUGCUGCGGAAAAUAGGACUGAUUCGUCUUCACGACAGAGAUACAGAAGACCCCAAGCACUAUCAUCACCAUCACCGCAACCAGCAGGGAUCACUGAAGAACAGCAAGGGGAAGAAUAGCAGCAACAAACAGCAAGGUGGCUCAGCAGGAGGAGGAGGUGGUGGUGGUGGUGGUGGGAGUAGUGGUGGGGGCAGCGGUGGAUGCUGCAGCAAUAACUCCACCACAACAUCGGAGGGGAUAGUUGUCCAGGCUGAUAGCAAGGGCAAAAAGACUGAGCAGUGUCAAAAAGACAAGCACUGUACUGCCGGUGGCAAGGAGAAAAAUAGUGCCAAAGAAACCAGCACUCCCACCAUUAGGAAGGAGACCAAACAGCAAGGUGUUGGAGGUGGCAGUGGAGUAGUAGGGAACAAGCAAAAUGGGGGUUCCUCUUUGCAGCCCCUCGUGCCCCCCAACAGGCAGCACUGCACCCAGGUGAGGAGCAGACGUCUGAUGAAGGAGCUUCAAGACAUCCGCAAGCUUAGCGACCACUUCAUCUCCGUGGAGCUGGUGGAUGACAGUCUAUUUGACUGGAACAUAAAGCUGCACCAGGUGGACAAGGACUCCACCCUCUGGCAGGACAUGAAGGAAACUAACACAGAGUACAUCUUGCUGAACCUUACCUUUCCGGACAACUUUCCCUUCUCACCACCUUUUAUGAGGGUGCUGAGUCCCAGGUUGGAGAAUGGCUAUGUGCUGGAUGGGGGAGCUAUCUGCAUGGAGCUUCUCACCCCUAGGGGAUGGUCCAGUGCCUACACGGUGGAGGCAGUCAUGAGGCAGUUCGCAGCCAGUCUGGUUAAGGGCCAGGGUCGUAUCUGCAGGAAAGCUGGGAAAUCUAAAAAGGCCUUUAGCCGCAAGGAGGCUGAAGCAACAUUUAAGAGUUUGGUGAAGACCCAUGAGAAGUAUGGUUGGGUAACCCCGCCAGUAUCUGAUGGCUGACACACAACAACCUGCAGAAAUAGACUUUUAGGAAAGGGGGAAGGAAAUAAUAUCACCAAGAAAAAUAAUAAAUAUAUGAAUAUAUUUAAGAAAAAAGAUCACUAUGCCAUCUUCUCAGUGCUGUACACCAUCCAUCCAUCCAUCCGUCCUUUUCUACUUCAGCUUCAGUUUAAGAAUGUGAUUGACAGGAAGACUUAAUUUAUUUAUGUUCAGAAGUGUUUACAUUGAAAGACAUGGAAAGAGAACAGUGCGUGGCACAGAAUGUCAUGUUACAAUCAUGUUUCCAGACUGAUGAGCGAUCAUCUUCAGGUCACCGUAGAACGGAGAUUGAGAUUGCUUCAUUGUCAUUCUAGACGCAUGAUUUUUCGGCUUCUUUCCAUGACAGCGGCGCCAAAAAGCAGCAGUAGAAAUUCUAUCUGCGGUUGCUCCGUUUAUGUAAGUGUAAAUGAAGCCGUUAAUAUUUAAUAGGCAAGCAGUGCAUUCCAGGUACAUGUUUGUGUGCUGUUUAUCUUUGUCUCUUUUCCUGGCAGGUCAACACAACAUUAAGGAUUUGUCUUUAUGUGGCGCUGUGGUCCUCUGUGACUCAAACUUUAGACCUCAUUUGUGUUCGCUGUGAUCUGUGUUGGAUAACUGACGAAAUAUAACAGUGGAAAAAAUAAUAAAGAGUUAAAGUGUGGAACUAUUGUAAAAUAAAAAUCACUUAAAAAGUGUUUAAAGUCUAAGUGUGUGGUAAAAUGCAGAUGGCGGCUAUUAAUGAAUCUCAAUCAGGAGAUCUACUGUGUAUUUCAUAAUGCACUUAUUAAAGGUUUCAUUGUGUGCUAAAA